UAUAUAAACUUGUCUCUCUUCUUCGAAGAGAGAAAAAGAAAGGAGAAAAGAUAAAAGAGAGUGCGCGUGCCGUAUUUUCUAGUGUUAUGUCGGGAAAGUUAAUAUCUGCUUUUUCUUAAUGUGCAUUGUCGUUUCUUAAAAAAAGAAAAAAACGGCACAUUUUGUUGACCCAUUAUUAUCUGAUACAAAAUACAAAAACGAGAAAUAAAAAUAAUUACAAUUGAUAAAAGACUUGAAGAAAUAAGACGAUUCCUAGAGAAGGAAGGAAAGGAAGGAAGGAAGGAAGGAAGGAGCGCCGUAGUGACGUUCGAGUGUCGUUUCUUUCUCUCUUCCAUUUCCCAUGGUGAAAUACGGCGUUCUUCAUCAAACGACGAGAGACCUACUCUUCUUCUAUCUCAUUUAACUCUCAACGCCGUACUUAUAAUUCUUCUACUUGUGCACUAUUAUCUCACUUUACGAAAGUAAAAGAUAAAGGAUCGUAAUCUAUUAUCUUUCACUGUUUUUUUCCUUAUCUACCUAUCUAUCUAUCCAUCUAUGUCUUAAAAGAUAAAAACAAAAAAGAAAAACGAAAGAUAGAGAGAGAGAAACUAACACACGAUUUAAGAUCGAUCUUUUUUUUCGUCUAAUCAUCGAUCAAGCGCGUGUGUGUUAAACAACAGCAAUACAACAUACACAACAGGGAGGAGUAGAAGUAGUAAUAGUAGUGUAACAGUACAGUAACAACACACUGAUAUCAACAGUAACACCACAGUCCACUACUACUACUACUAACAGUAGUAACAGUACAGUAACAGCAGCUCCACGCAUUCGUUAGAAAGAGUGAGAGAUAGGGAGAGGGAGAAAGAGAAAGAGAAGGAGACAGAGUGUGAGUAGUGGUGGGGGGAAGAGAAAGAGAGACGGCACGCGCGCACUCACGUACAACGCGCGAACGAGAGCCCUCGUUGGUCCGUGCCCUCCGAUAGUGUUGGGAGUGUCUCUUCUGCUUCUCUCCACAACCCAAUAUCAUAAUAGUCAAAGAGAGGAAACAAGGGAGAAAUCAAAGAAUAAUAAUAAUAAUAAUAAUAAGUGCCAACAACACUAAUAUAUAUACCUAAUACAGCAGUGUGUGUGACAUGAGAGAAAAAUUAUCGUAAAUCUCGCGUUAUAAACUUCUAUUUUGAUUGACAAUAAAAAGAAAUUAAGAAGGAAAAAAAAAAAGGAGUGGGAGAUUAAAAAAAAAGUAUCGUGCGUGAGUGCAACGACAAAGAUUAGCAGUAACAACAGCAGUAACAACACAUCACAACAUCUAUCAACAACGAAAUACGACGAUAGUUUCUUUUCUUUCUUAAUCCAUAUAUAUAUAUAUAUAUAUAUAUAUAUAUAUAUAUAUAUGUAUAUUUGAUACGGAAGAAUCCUGGUUCUUUCUUCCGGUGUGUAUACGCUCGUGUGUGUCUCCUCGUACCUUUUUUCUCGGCUUUGCGGCACCAAGUGGAAAAGAGAGAGAGAAAGAGGAUAAAGGUUAGGUUAGAACCGGCUUAAUCCGUCUGUCUCUUACUCUCUUACUGAUUCACUCACGUUUACGUUUACGUUUACGUUCACGUUUACGUAUAGUAGAUAUAUCUCUCUCUCUCUUCGUUUUCAUCGUGACGUAUAUAUAUUCUAUCUCUUUUCUUCUUCUAUCUUAUUAUACGAGUGUGAGCACGCGCGCUUGCUUGCUUGCUUGCUUGCUUGCGUGAGGCGGCAAAUAAUACACACUCGAAGAAUACGAAGAGGAAAAGGAAAAUUGAAGGAAGAAGAACGAAAGAAGAAAAAAGAAAGAAAGGAAGGAAGGAAGGAAGGAAGGAAGGAAGGAAGGAGACACGAAUGCCGAUCGCUGGUAGAGUUCUGGUUGCUGGAACCGCGGCCCAUUGCCUGUCUUCCGCCGUUGGCAUGCUUCGAUUCCUCGCCAGACUUUCAGGGAGGCGGCGACACGUGCGCCGGAGUUCUGGCCCAGGUGGAACGGCUCGUGCUGUCGAGGAAACAGAAAAAGCUGCUGGGACGGCAACUAUGGUGGCAGCAGCAGCAGCAACAGCAACGGUUGGUCCGACAACGACGGCAACGACUACGACCAUGACGACGACCACGACCACGACCACGAUGACGAAGAUGACAAAGAUGACGACGUUAGUAGCUGAAAGCAACAGCAGCAGCAGCAACGACAGCAGCAGCAACAGCACCACCACCAACACGAUUGGAGGUGCCCUUAUGGCAAACGGGGGAUGCCAGAUGAUGAUAGGAAGAGAAAACGGGAUUAUUGAAGAAGUUAGUUGUAGUUCGGACGUUGUAGUGACGGACGAUGAAGAACUCUGUUGUUGCGAUAAUAACACCAACAGUAAUAACAUCAAUAACAGUAUAACCACAAGUACCAAUAACAUCAUCAUGAACGACGGCAGCAAGAAUCAUCAUCGUUAUCAACAAUAUUAUAGGCACCAUCCACGUAAUCAUUGUUGUCAUCAACGUAAAAACCUUGAUCUCGCUAAUCCAACGAUAGAUGAAAAUAUCAUGAUUGAAGAUUAUAAUCAUUUAGAAGAGGAUUAUUGCACCGAUUCGUCAUUAUCGCAUUGUUCUGAAGAACAACAGCAACCCUCCUCGUGGGAUAUUGCAGAUUUACGUUAUCUUCAUCGUCAACAUCAUUUGCAUUAUAGUUAUUGUCAUCAACUUGAACAUCAACAACACCGUCAUUAUCAACAUCAACAUCGUCAAGAUUGUCAACAGUAUCAAAAUCGUCCUCAUUAUAAUAGGCAUCAUCAACAUCCUCAUCAUAGUCAUCAUCAUCCUCAUCAUCAUCACCACCAUCACCACCACCACCAUCACCAUUACCAUCAUAAUCAUCAUCAUCGUCAUCAUUGUCAUUAUCACCAACAACAUGACCAACAACAGGACCAACAACAACAACCUCAUCAAAGUCCUCAUCAUCAACAUCAUCAGCAACUAGAUGAUCUUCAACAACGUCUUCGGAAGGAACGAAGACGAGAAAAUAUAUCUCAUUCUUCUUCUUCUUGUUCUUCGUCUUCUUCUUCUUCUUCUUCUUCUUGUUCCUCUUCUUCUUCUUCUUCUUCUUCGACGACAACGACGAUGACGACAACGAUGACGACGACGACGACGACGACGACAAUAACGACGACAACCAAUACCAAUGAUAGCGACAGCAAGAGCAACACCACUUCUUCCAUAUCGUCGUCUUCACCUAUUAUUCCACUUGUCCAACCUGAAGAUAGCAACACAUCUAGGAGUGUCACUGCCGUUAUGAGAAGAAACAAGAUUCAACCGUACCUCGCGACAUUACUCAUCAUCUCUUAUACCCUCUUUGGUAUGACAGAUGCCUGUUCGUCGCGGUCAACACCAAAGCCACGACCACCAACGCCGACACCUCGGCCAAAUAUCACAUUCCACAUGUAUACGUGUCCUCCGGAUUAUGCGCAAUGGUACUGUUUAAACGGUGCCACGUGUUUUACAGUCAAAAUCGUCGAUUCCCUCCUCUACAAUUGCUUAUGUGCUAAUGGUUAUAUCGGGCAGAGAUGCGAAUUUAAAGACUUGGAUGGUUCCUAUUUACCUUCUCGUCAACGCGUAAUGUUGGAGACAGCAAGUAUCGCAAGUGGUGCGACGAUAGCAGUCUUUCUCGUCGUAAUCAUUUGCAUAGCAGCUUACAUCCAUUGUAAGAGAAAGCAGAAGGAACUGCGAACAAGUAGUAACUGCUUCGACACGGUGGAUGGACCCGGUCGAGAUCCGGAGCGGAGGCCGUUUAGCAACCAAGGCCGCUCCCUUAUGAUCUACAUGGCUAAGAAUCCUCCCAACAACUCGGCAACGAUAGAGCAAACAAAAAUGCCUGAAUGGAACCGAGUAGAAACAAUGGAAACGACGAUAAUGGCAUCAAUAAGCGAGUGCAAACGUUCGAGCCAAUAGCCAAGAUCAAAUUCGUGUCGGCAAAAGAAGAAAAAGAUUUAUUACGAUAAAUCAAGAAAGAUUUACUGCCGAUACGUUGUUAACGAUAAUCAUCUACAACUAAAUAAUCCAGAUUCGGACAAUAUUAUCAAUAGUUGUUCUUGUCGUCGUUUAAUUAACGAAACUCGACAAAAACGAAUAAUAGAAUCGUCCAAAAAAAAACCAUCAUCUAGGUCAUCAUUAAGGUCGUCAUCAUCAUCGUCAUCGUCAUUAUUUAAGCUUAAUAAUUUUUCUAAAAUGACCUAUGUUCUUUUACGUUUCGCAUCGUUCCUUUCUUUUCGCGAAGAUAUACGGCCCUGAUUUAAAAAACGAACUAUUUAAUUAAUAACAAUAUUGCCACAAUGAACAAAUACAUUUUCCUAUUAUUACUUCAUGUGAAAUACGUUCGAGCGAGAAUUUGGGGACAAAACAUAUAUAUAUAUAUAAGAAAAAUUAUGAUAUAGAGUAUUUCUUUCAUUUAAAAGAUAAUACUCGAAAUAAUAAUAUAUGUUUAUAUUUGUUCUAACGUAUUUCUAAUGUUAUUUUUUCGUGAAACGGCUAGGCUGAAAAUAUGGUGCUAAAUACGUGACACACAAUUUCCACGAUCGCUUUUCCUUUUUAUUUGUGUGUUUUUUGGGAGGAAUUUUUGUUAACAAGACAUUCCUAUUAAAAGCGUUGUUUUCUUAAAAGAUGCCUAUCUCUAUUUUUGAAUUAAGUGAGACGAUACUUUAAUAAUGAGCACAUAACUCUCGUUGAUAUAGCUUUAUGCAUAUAUAUAUAUAUAUAUGUGUGUGUAUGUGUAAUUGUUUCAGAAACCUUACUCUCGACAAAAAAAAUAUUAUUUACUAUAUUUUUUGUGUAUUUAUCAAUUCAUUCAUUAUUCCGGUAUUUAAUUUAUCAAUGAUUGUGUGCAAUUUUCUAAUCACACGAUUGACUUAUUUAUUUAGAACAAAAAAUUGAAUUCUAUUCAGAAAAUAAGCGCAGGACACACGCUUCUUUUGUUGUUAUUAUUAUUAUUGAACAUUAUAAUGACAAAUUUUGCAAAUUUACCGGCAUUCCUUUCUUUUUUUCAUUUUCUUAUCUUUUUUUCUUUAUUAAGAAAACAUCGAUUCAGUUUUUGAAUUACAAAUAAGGGAGUAAUAUCAAUAUUAAUUAAAAAUUCAUCAAUUAAAAAAACAAAUACUUUCAUUGAACUUUUAAAAAUGUUCAUAGUUAAAAGAAAUAUUUAUAUGAAGCAAAAGUUUUCCUAGGUGCUCUUAAAAAUCAAUUAAUCUUUUUUGAAAAGAGAGUGUUUUAAUAUAAUUGAAAAUAAAAUAAACAAAUAUUUUCAAAUUAUAAAACUACUAAAAUCCAAUUUGUAAAACUAAACUGUCUAAUAGUUGCAAGUUGUAAACAAAUAUCACGGAAAGGAAUAAUUGAUUUUUAAAAUCUCACCUUAGGACUUUUGUAUAUUAUUUAGUCUUGCGCCUUAAAAAAAAAUA